AUGCACGGAGACUCUUCGUCUGUCCAGCGUCUCCAAGAGAUGCAGACUGUUCCACGGAGACAUACCCCCGCGUCUCCUCGGUCUCCUCCUUGUCUCCCUUCUCAGCAGCCGCCUCUCUCUCCCCAGCAACUCCGACUCCUUCUUCUCUCUCGUCAGGAAAGCCUGAGACGAAACCUUUCUGCUUCCUGCCUUCCCCCUCCCUCUCUCCCGCCUACCUCGCUGCCUACCUCUGUGCCCGCGUCUGUGUCAUUCGCGCAAGGUGGAGAAGGACCGGGGAUUCCUGGCGUACGGAGAGAAGCCAAGGGGAAGCCGGGCGAGGCUCAGACCCAGCCAGACACCCCACAUGCUUCAGGGAGCGGACAACCGUCUCCGGCGGCGGGGGCUUCUUCUGUCUCCUCGGGGAGUCGCCCGGGAAGCGGGGUAACGGGGACAGUCCCUGGGCUUGGCGACGCUGGGUCGAAUGACGUCAGUCUCUCUCCUCAGGCGCUGCUGCAGCUGCUUCUUCAGCAGCAAAUGCGCGUCAAACAUGAGGGGAAGCCGCCGGUUUCUUUCGCUUCGGAGACUUCCACGCCGAGCGCGACAGCUUCCUCGUCGAACAUGAGAGCGUCCUCUCCCCUUUCUUCUCCCUCGCAGACGCACCUCCCUCGACUGCCUGGCCCUCUCCGCAACGCGCAGCUGUCUCCUGCGCUGGCGGCUGCACCUCUGGCCUCUGUGGUCCCUGGGGCUCCGCUGGAGGGCCCUCCGGUGUCUGGAGCCGCGACCGCGGUCGUGGAGCCCGAUCCGGCGAAGCAGCUUCGCCUGCUUCUCCAGGUCCUGCACGGGAACGCCGCGUGGGGAGGAACCGCUUGCGGACCUCGGGGGUUGCCUGCCGCGGUCACUUCGUCUUCGCGCCCUCCCGGUUCUCCAGCUGGUCCGUUGGACGCGAGUUGUGCGUCUUCUCUCCCGUCGCCUUCUCCUGUGACUUCUGCCCCGUCUGCUCAGCCUGCGUCUCCUCCCAUUUCCUCGCCUUCAUUGCCGCCGUCGUCGUGCCUCGUCUCGGGUCGCCAGCCGUCUUGGGGGACUGCAAACGAAGCCGUUUUAGCUCAACUUUGUCGUUUGGCGCUUCUCUCUCAGACUCAAGGGCAAUCCCACGGUUGUUUGUCUCCUCUCCUCUCUGGCGCUCGUCGCCCCGCCAGUCCCGGGGUGGCUCACCCUAGCUCUCCGCCAUCUUCGUAUUCUCCGGGAACGUUAGGUCCCCACUCCGCUCCUUCGUCGUCCUCGUCUUCUCUGCCGGCUUCCUUCCUCCCGCCGCAGCCUCUUCCAGAGGCGACGCCCGUGCGCCCCCCGGCCUCUCCAGGCCUGCCGUCUCUGUCGUCCCAGCAACUCACCGUGGCGCGACUGUUGCUGGAGAGCCUGCGAGGACGCGGCGGCGAAGGAGGCGCCUCAGGGACUCCCCUUGUCUCCGCUCUUCUCCACCAACUCGCUCGGGAGAAGCCUUCCGCGUCUUCUCUCUCUGCUGCCGCUUCUCGCUCUUCUACUCCCUCUCUCGCAGUCGCUCCUGGUCUCUUCUUCAGCUGCCCGGCGUGGCGGCCUCCGGCGCCGCCGCCUGCAGGCGUCGGAACUCCCGCAGACGCCCUCACCCAGCGAGUGCUGGCUUCUCUUGCUUCCCUCCAGUCGGGAGGAGGCACAGCGACGAAAGAGGCGAGUCCUGCGUCUCCACCUCUUCGCUCAACCGCUGCGUCGUCGCACGCCGGCCCCGUCGACCCCCGCCGCCUCCUUUCUCUUCCUGUCGGUCUACCCAAUGCUCGGGAGCACCCGCCCUCCGCGUCGCGCGAGGCUUCGCUUCCGUCUGGGUCCUCGCCUGCGGUCGCUGCCUCCCUGCUGCUGGGGGGACAUGCGGGGGAGACAGCCGCCCUCAUUGCUGCGGCCUUCGCCCAGCAGGCCCGCCUGAUGCUGGACCAACAGUCGGGCAGAGACACUGGCCGCGGGGGCAAAAAGAACGCGGCAAACGCGAGACAAGAGCGCAAGGAAGAAUCCUCGCAAAGUCGGAAGAAAGCCGCCGAUAAAACGAAUCUCGCCGCACUCUCCCUCGGUGGCGCGAGGGCGCCAGCAGGCCUGGGGGCUGCAACAGGCCUGGGACCCGUCCAGCGGAGCCGGAAGGAAGAGAGGGAAGAGGCGCGGGGGGCGGAGGAAGAGAAGGGGAAGAAGGAGAAAGACGGAGGCGCGAAAUCGAGUCGAAGUCUCUCUCUGCCUCCUUCGCUGCGCGGGAGGACAGCGAGAGGCCGGGGUCGCCCGGCGCUGGUGCGCGCGCCUUCGUCGCCGCCUUCUGGAAGGCGUCAAGAGUUCUCGGGGAAGAGCGAGGGAGGAGACAAAACAGAGGCGGGCAGCGAGCAGGCUGGGCGCCAGAGCCAAGGCGGAGCUGGGAACUCAAAACCGGGGAGACGCAGCGCUGCUGCCCCCCCUGUGCCUCUGCAUGCGACUCCAGACCCAAAAGGCGGAUCCAAGAGGAAGCGGCGCGGUCCAACGGAGACAGGGGCGGGGCUCGAACCCCCUCUGCUGCGUCGGGGCUCUGGCGUCUCCUACGUGGAGAGACAUCCGCGUUCAGCUGGCUCUUCGUGUCUUGACGAGGACGAGGAAGAAGAGCCUCCCGCUGCCUUGUCUUCGCGUCCCAAAGAUGCAGUCGCUCCAAACGCGUCUUCUGCCCGCGGUAGCCGGUCUUCUUCGCCCUCGUCUGCUGCGGGGAAGGCACCUGCUCAGCCUGCAGGCGCUGCGGAGCCGACGGACGACGAGUCGUCGGACGCGAGCAGCGAAGGAGAAGAAGAUCGCGAGACGCCGGUCUUCCUCGAGGGGACGCCGAUGACGGACGAAGAGCAGCAGCUUGCUGCGGACCAGGUGAAUAACAUUCCUGCGUUAACGCUCUCAGAGCUCGUUCGCGCUGCCGUCUUGCCUCUGAGAAUCGAGGGCUUCCACGCCUUGGAAGAGGCGCAGCUUCUGUACGGAAGAAAAGACUGGCUCCGCUACGAAUGCCCCCUCUGCGAUCGACAGGCCCAUACGCCUGAUGCUUAUUGGGCGAACUUCGAACACUACCUCAAGUGCCACUGGAGAAAGAGACACCGCCUAGGGGGGUAUGUCUGCUUCCCCUGCAGACGACAUCAUGACCUUUCACCCAGGGCAGGAGGCAGCACGAGUUCUUCGUCUGAGUCGACUUCUUCGGCGCCGCCUUCGCCCUCCGCCUCUCAGGGGAGCUCGAAGGGGAAGGUGUCUCCUGGCGGCCCGCGGCGAGGACCGAAGUUCCACUUCCACUGCCCCCUUUGCCCAGGCGUCUUCGGCAAGUUCGCAUCUCUCCAACGACAUGCCCUCUGUGCUCACCCUGUCUCCGCAGCCGACCCGCGCCUCCACCUCGCGCCCCAGCAGCUCCACACACCCUGGAUGCGCGAAGAAGAGGACUACAGCGUCGCUCUGAGACCUGGUGAAGAGAGAGAAGAAAGAGGGGAGAGCGACGGGAAGGGGGAGAACGUCGAAGGAGCGCGUCGUGAGGAAUGUGCCAGUGAAGCGGGCGAGGAAGAGAGAACGAAGGUGGAGGCGAAGGCCAAAGAACCUGGAGACGGUGAUGAGGACAUCCAAGGAGAGAACAAGGUGAACCCCAACGGCGAUCUCCACGGGCCUUCGGAUGUGACCGACGAAGGAGGAAAGGACGCAUGCGCGAACGUUGGGGAAAGCGAGACGAAUCCGGCUGUAGAGGAUGCCCUGUCUCUUCUGUCUCCAUCUCACGUCUCGUCUCCAUCCGAGGAAACCAAAGUCAACAGUGAAAGCGUUUCCGCCUCUCCUCUGUCAUCCCGUGGCGAUGCAGAGCAAUCCGCCGAAGGCACAAAGAGUGAGGAAGGAAAACAGGACAGUGGCGAAGGGGGGUCUUGGCCUGCAGACCCCCAGGCGACUGUUUCGAGCGUUUGCAAGGGCGAAACACUCGUGAAGGAGGAACCAACCGCGGACGAGAAAGAGCAGGAAGCACGUGAGGCGAGUGAGGCGAGCCAGGGAGACAAGAGAGACACACUGAGUGCGCGGCGGGUGCCGCUGCGCAGCUGCCUGGUGGUACGUUCGAACUGGGCGAAGGCCGCCAAAGAAGAAGGAAAAGAAGUUACAGCAGAGAAGCCAGACCCGGCAGCCGCAGCGGGCGAGGCUGGAGAAGCUGAAAGAGAACGCGCCGAGUCGAAGAGAGAAGACCGAGAGAAGGACGAGACGAGAGACUCUCCCGACAAGAGCGAGGCCAGAAAAGUCAAGAAGAAAGUCGCGUUUGUUCCUCAAGUUCGUGUCAGACCUCUCGAUAAGGAACUCUCCAUCAUGGAAAAACUCGGUGCCGUCAUGGGCCCGGUAUUGACGGGAGUGGUCGCCUCGUCAACGCCAGCGACGGGCACCACGGAGGGCGACGAGGGGUCACCUGGAGAGACGCCUCAGGCUGACACUGCGAGCAAAGAAGGCGAUUCGUGUUCAGGUGCCUCUGCGCCUCAGGACCUCACUCGACGCGGGACACGCAGCGCCACAGUGGCUGCCAUGGCAGCUGAGCGCGAGCGCGUCGCACCUUCGUCUCCACCUGCGGCGGACGCUUCGUCUGUGCAGAGUGUGAACUUGCCUCGUGGGGAAGCUGUCUCUUCUCCUCGUGGGGAAGCUGUCUCUUCUUCCUUGUCUUCUCGCGGGCGAGAGAGAGGCAGAGCAGUGCCCGCUGCUGCGGCGGGGCCCUCGCGUCGUGCAGCGGCGGGGUACGGUGCAGGAGCCGGUGCCGAGGAAGAAUCUCUUUCGGAGGAGAAGGAGGAUGCUUCUCGCGCUCCGUCUGGACAGAGGGGGGCGCGAGGUGGAGGCAGUGUCGGACGAGGCGGAGGCGGCCCCGAUGCAUCUGUUGAGUCGCGGGAAGAAGACCCGAGUGCGGUAACGCAGGAAAAACGGAGGAACGGCACACCGGGGGGAACUGAGGAGACCGAAGGUCUGUCGGGGAAUCCGACGAGAGGAGGCGGCCGAGGCCGGUCAUCGCCUUCUUCCAUGACUGCGUCUCCAGACCACAGAUUGGAGAAAAGCUCUACCUCGGCGACAGAGUCUCCUCCGCAGUCGGGGAAAGACGCCGCUUGUGACGAACCCGCUGCGCCUUCGAACCGAGCUGUGGGGCGAGCCUCAGGCGCUGCAAAGAGCGAAGGAGACAGCUCCCCUGCGUCUCCCGUCUCGCUUUCGCCCGCGUCGCCUUCUUCCUUGGAUGAGGGGCCAGGAAAGGAAGACGACCUCCCGCCUUGGAAGAAGAGAAAACGCACUCUUGUCUUUUUGCCUACCUGUUCUCCUGCCCCUUCGCCGGCGUCUCCGCCGUCCCUGGGAGACGCGGCUGCUGUCGCCGCCAUCUCUGUCGUGUCGCCGUCCUCGCGAGACAGGCGCCAGUCGCCUCCGUCCUCUCCUAGGUCUUCUUCUCCUCCCUCGAGGCGGGUGUCUGUCUCCAUCGCCGCGGCGGCUGCAGCUGCUGCAAGAGCGCGCAGGCUUGCGGCUGCUCGCGGUGAAGCAGGUGAAGCCUCCCAGGCUUCAGCCAAGAGGAGACAAGGAGGAGAGGCUGCAUAUGAGCCUGGCGGGGCUGAUCCGGAAGCGAAGGCGGCCCUUGCAAACGCGGGGGUUCUGCCUGUGGGGCAGAGACGAACGAGCCCGCGAUGCAGCACGAACAACGCGGUGUCUCCUGCAGCUGCUCCAGCGGCUCGCGACAGCCGCGACGGCUUUGCGAAGACAGGCGGGAAAACCGGAGCGCUGCAGGUUCCAGAGGAGACGAGCCCAACUAGCGGCGAGCGGAGAGGGCGCGCCUCUGGCCAGGUGUCUCCGGUGGGGCUCCGGUCGCGGUCGGGGAGCCCAAGCCCCCAGCGGGCGUCUCCGCUGGAGCGCAGGGGCGUCGGGCGAGUCGAAGAUAGAGAGACAGAGCGGAGCGAGAAGGAAGGCGACGGAGAACAGAGAGGGAAAAGGCGCGAGGAGAAGACGAAAGACAGCGACCGAGAGGGGAACGGAGCAAGAUCGACAGAGAAGCCCAAGACGAAGACACCCUCGCCCUCAGGUUCCGCUUCAGACUCUCUCUCUCUAGAUUCGAAGAAAGAAGCGAGUGAACAGCAAAAGGUUUCUCAGAAGCGGCCUGUAGUGGACGGGAAGCGGAAGAAAAAAGGGAAGAAGGAGGGAGGCAAAACCGGCCACAAGAAGAAGGACGCCGUGGGGUCGCUCUCACGAACAACCCUGAAGGGGCAAGGGGGACAGAACAAGAACCUGAGACACAUGGUCCGUGCGAACAGGCGACAUAGCCGUCUGUCCUCUUCACCUCUCUUGAUGCUGUCUCCUUUGAGGACACGAGAACGGGCGAAAAGUCCGAAAGACUCUUGUCGCCCCUCCUCUCCGGUGGCUUCGUCGCGGACUCGUCGGUCGGCCGAAUCAACUGUGUCUCCGUGUGCUCCGGCGGUGCUGUCUACUGCCUUGGGCUCCAUUGUCUGUUCUUCAGACGCGGAGACACCCAUUGCGGACGCGUUGGGCUCCAGUGGCCGGAGGCGCCCCGACCGAGUCGGCACUCCCCAGGAACAGGGCGGAGGCUUCAGGUUGUGUCUCGCUUCCGACCUUUUGGAUGCUUCGCCUCUCUCUGUACGUCGACGACAGAAUCUCUCUCUCCAGCGUCUUCCCUCGCAGCCACCUGUCGGCGCGAUGUGCGCCAGUAGGCCUCGAAAGAGACGCUUUGUCUCCUCACGGUCGGAGAAAGACACAAAUAAGCCUUUCGCGGGCGAAGGGACUGGGGAAGCGAAGCGAGCUCCUUUCGCCGAGAAACUCGCUCCGAAGAGGCAGAAACGUGCGACGCUGGAUCAUCGAAGGGUCGCGCAUGCGCCGCCUGCGAAAGACGAAGAAAAGGAAGAAAACGGGGUACGGCUAGGAGACACAGGAGAGGACAGCAGCAGGAAAACGGGCGAUGGGAGUUCCCGAGACGCCAGCCCCCGCCGCAGGUUUUCGACGCCGGCUUCUCCGUUGGUCAUGUCCCCCUGCUCAGACAGUGCUGAGGCGCGAGAAGAUUGCGACCGAGGGGGAGGAGCGCGGGCGGAGAGAGAAGAAGAGAAGGCGAAAGAGGUCGGCAAACAGCCGCAUGGUGUGCCUCGCCGAAGUGCCGAUACUUGGCUCUCUGCAGGUGGUUUGAAUGCGGCACUGGAUCUCUCGCGAGGAAGACGCAAUUCGCUUGGAAACGACGAAGAUCGCGACGCAGACAGACACAAAAGAGCGCGAGAGGACAAAACCAACCUCGCCUCUGUACCUGCACUCCGUGUCCGCCUCCUCAGAUCCCCGCUCGGAAAGACAGAGCGCGAAAAGGAAAAGGAAGAAAACGGGGUAGGGGAGAGAGAGGAGAAAGAAGGAAAGGAAGGGCCGAAUGAAAAAAACGAGGAGAUAGACGGAAAAGAUGGAAAUUUAGAGAGAAGAGGCGCGCGCACGAAACUCUUCACUCCGAGCACCACCAUGCCGCGCCGUGCAAGUUGCUGAAAAAAGCUGGAGAA